UCUUAUCAGUUCAAGGAGUAGUAGUACAGGGCCUCUGGCUGCUUUUCCAGCUCGGACCCCCUCCCGGAAUAUUUCUUCACUUGUGUCUCACACCCUACAAGAUCUACCAACAGGAAGUGAGAAGAACACAGACACCACCUUGCUAACUUCCCUGAAUACUGAUUCUGAAGCCUUUGGAGUAAGAGAACUACAACUCCCACCGGUCCUGAAGCUGUGUCGCCUUUGCAGCUACGCAGUGGCUAGAAGCAAAAUUACACACACAUUCUUCGGCACCCUUGGGCCUCAUUACCUUUUGUGGCCACUCUGCACAAGCUAACCUCCCUCAUCUUCUUUGGGAGGAAUUCUGAGUAUGUGGAAGGUUUUGGCGUGACAAACACAUCUAAAGGUACCAGUUGGCGAACAGAAGUCUCAACCAGUGAAGGUUCCUGACUCGGGAAUCUAGGUGGCGUGCAUACAACAGCUCAAGGCACUUGGUCACUGAGUGACGAGAGGAAUAUAGAGCAUCGGAGAGUAAGCCUGUUCUCUUGACUAUCAGCUUGCCAAAGCAGUCUUACCAUGACGAAAGAGCAGUGGAGACGAUGAGGGGGAAAGACACGGGCAGGGAAACCAGGACGGCAGCCACGGAGCAUGGAGGGGCGCAAACGCUACUGUUGGGUACCCGGGAAAGAGAGGACACAGACAGAAAGGCAAGCUCACCGCACAGGCCAGGCCCGAGAGUUCAGGAACAAACUGUGUAGGCUUUUCCCUGGUGAACGGCUACCGAGAAUUGUGCACGAUGGUCAGACAGCACAAAGACGACAGCAGGUCAAGAGGAGGGAACAGGUGCAAAUCAAAGACCACCAGGAGCGCAUGCUCCGAGGGCGGGAACUGCUAGAGCAGAGGCUCAAGGAGAGACUCCUGAGGAGAAGCCAGGACCAGUUCCCUACACUGGAGAAGCUCGAGAGAGUGAAGAAGGAGGUGAAGGACUUUGAAAGGGCUAACCCACACCCGCUUCUGGAACUCCAAAGUAAGAGUCUAAUUAAGUUGGAAAGUCUGAUCGAGAAGUCUCAGGUGGGAGAGCAAGUGAAAACGGUUAUAAAGCCUCGCCAAAAGAAAUUCCUGGCCUUACCACCCUUUUUCAAAAGUCAUGUAAGAAAUAUCAAAGAUCAGUAAAAUUUCAGUGCUUCUUGUGGAAAAAAAA